GCAGCGCGUUUCGAUGUCAUGGCGGUACAACAUUUUGUUUCCUCGAGUUUUAUACAGUAAAAUCGUCUUCAAAAUAUAGACUUUCUUCUAAUUAUAUUCGCCUUUAGGAGACAUCUUAAUGAUUAUGGAAUAAUGGUUCAACUUCUACUUGAGUUUGGCGCAGCUAGAAGCUGUUGAAGGCGUCUCAAAGUCUUCAGGAGUCAACAAUUUACGUUUCUGGAGUCGAUGUUGUCUUGUUCCGGUUGCGAAUGUUUUUGUUACUGAAUGGCAGCAAACAACUUGGGCAUGAAAGCUGAUCCAGAGAAGCUCUUCUCAAAGCUUGAUCGCAUUGGCAAGGGAUCUUUUGGUGAAGUUUUCAAGGGCAUCGAUAACCAAACGAACGCAGUGGUGGCGAUAAAAAUAAUAGACUUGGAGGAAGCUGAAGACGAAAUUGAAGAUAUCCAACAAGAAAUUACUGUCUUGUCUCAGUGUGAUAGUCCUUUCGUAACCAAAUAUCAUGGCUCGUACUUAAAAAGAACCAAGUUAUGGAUUAUAAUGGAAUAUUUGGGUGGUGGGUCUGCCCUGGAUCUCAUGAAAGCUGGUACCAUAGAAGAGUUCUAUAUUGCUACCAUCCUAAGAGAGGUUUUAAAAGGCCUGGAAUAUCUACACUCUGAGAAAAAGCUACACAGAGACAUCAAAGCUGCCAAUGUCCUAAUGUCUGAAACAGGAGAUGUGAAACUUGCUGACUUUGGUGUUGCUGGUCAACUGACAGACACCUUAAACAAGAGAAAUACAUUCGUAGGCACACCAUUCUGGAUGGCACCAGAAGUCAUAAAGCAAUCUGCUUAUGAUUCCAAGGCAGAUAUUUGGUCCCUUGGAAUCACUGCUAUAGAGUUGGCUAAAGGAGAGCCACCCAACUCAGACCUUCAUCCAAUGAGAGUACUCUUCUUGAUCCCCAAAAACAAUCCUCCUGAACUCACUGGCAACUUCAGCAAAGCAUUCAAAGAGUUUGUCUCAUUGUGUCUAAAUAAAGAUCCAAAUGAUAGACCAACUGCAAAAGAGCUUCUAAAACAUAGAUUCAUUAGAACUGCAAAAAAGAAUAGUUAUUUGGUUGAAUUAAUAGAACGAUAUAAAAGAUGGAAACAAAACCACGGUGAUGAAGAUGAUAGCAGUUCAGGGGACGACAGUGAUGGAGAUAAAGAUGAUUCUGAUGAUUGGAUAUUCUCUACGAUAAGGGUAAAACCCAAUGAAAGUGAUGAAAAUGGAGAAGUAGUAUCAAAAGAUUCAAAGCAGGCUGAACCUGCAAAAGCAAAGCGUCCUGUCUCUAGAUGUUUAAAUAAUGUUUUCGCACCAGUUUUAUCGGAGCUUGCUUCAAAAUAUGGUUCACAAGGGAAUGUAUUAAAUGAUAUACAAGAAGCUUUGAACGCAGCUGAAGAGAAGGUGCCAGGUAUUAAUGACAGAAUAGUGCAGAAAAUUGUUGAAAGAACCACAAGAUUGUAGCAAUCUUGGUGGUCAAGUCACCUCCAUGUCAUUACAAAUCAAGGCUAGAAUCAUUACUAGACUGAAAUAAAGACUGCUCAUCACUUUUUUAAUCAGAGCACUACAAAUAUAUGGCUAUCUAGAAUAGACCCAAACACAGAAAAAUCAUUUGUAAAGUAGAGAUCAUUUGUAAGCCCCCUCUGCAGGAUUGCAGGAUAUUCUUAUGUUUAAUGUUUAAAACCUCUUUCCUUCAAUCACCACAUGAAACUAAAGCACAGACAAGGAAGAGUCCUGCAGAGAUAACAGAUAUCAGAUACAUGAUAACAUGUUGAUUAUUCUAUCAGGCUAUUGUAUAUUUUCUUACUAUACUCAUUGCAAAAACGAUAGAAAACUGCCAUCCAUCACCGCAGGGCUUGAGAUAAUUGCUGAUCAGUUGCCGGUCAAGAUGACAAGCCAAAUUAGUUUUUGUCAUACCUCAUUUCUGGGUCAACGUUACUAGUCAAAAUGACCAGCAAGGCAAAGAUUUGACCAGACAAGUCCCAGUUCUGGCCGGACAUUGUCUAAUGUUCAGCCAUAACUUUAAGCCCUGCAAUAAUUCAUAUUUUUUAACUGGAUUAAUUGAAGUUAAGACUCUCCUACAUUUUCAAGAGAA